AUGGAAAAAAGUGAAAACAGUGAGCAGAAGAAAAUGGAAUUGGAAAAAUUUGUUUUUAAGCAGGUAGAUUCCCUGGCAAGAGAAAUUAUGGAGAAUUUUGGGAUUCCAAAAUGGGCAGAAUUUUGAGAGGAUGGGAGAAGUGAUUUUGAGCUGCAGUUUAAUGACAAAAAUCCUUCGUGCAGCUCUUUUAUAAGGCAAUUAGCGAAGACUAGAUUUUUGACACUACCCUCUUGUGAAUCGGCAUAUGUUACACUUAGUCAGCAUGAUAAAUUGGAGACUAGUAAGGAGUUCUUUAAGAUACUCAGUCAGCAAAAAUAUAACAGAUUUUAUCUUUCAAAUGAUACUUUCUCCAAGCUCUCAUUAGGGAAAUACUCUGCCCAGUUGUUUUCAAUAAUGAGAAAUACUCAAAUGAACGUCCAACUUGUUGGAGUUAGUAUUGGAAGUACUCAUUUAUUUAAGAGAAUCCUCCAAGCUUGUAGUAACCUGUCAAACAAGCUAUCCAUCGAAAAGUGCUAUAUUAACUCAAAGAGUUUUUCUCUUCCCAAGCAGGUCGACCACAAGUUGAAAAAGCUAAAAUUUAGAAGAUGAACAAUUUCUGAUAGAGUUCCCCUUAACUUUGAGUCUGCUACCUUCAAGAUAAUCCUAGAAUCUGUUUCUAAAUCUAUGUGGAAAGGAUCAAACUCCAAUUAUUCAUUGGCUAUGGUCAAUAUCAAUGGAACAAAAUUAAUGCUGGAUGAAAUUUUAGGUUAACCAUAUCAGAUUUCCAA